GAGCGGCUUGAAAAAGCUGACUCUGGGAGCUGCCUUGAUUGAUCAUCAAGGGUCUGUUCGCAGACAUAGCUCUCUGUCCCGCCACCCCUCUGAAAUUUACUAUCCAAGUUAACUCCUAACAGACCAUUAGUGAGCCUUGAAUGUACACAAGGUGCAGAUAGAUGGCUUUGCACGACUGCCCUUAAGAUAAGUAGGAUGCCUUUGGCGCCAUGAGAGAGCUCUGGUUAUUGUUAUCUUAAAGAUGAUGUACAUGGGGAAGAAUUUUCUUUGUGAUGCCUCUCUUCUUGGUUUAGUAUAUAUGUAACCCUGAGAAAUAAAGAAUCAUCGUUGACUGCAGCGAUCCUCUCGACCCCAUCUGUUCUGUCUCCUUUAUUUCUUAGCCUAAAGGAACGCGUAGUGUUGCUCGCUGAAAUCUUCCGGCUGGCCCGGCAAGUGGCGCCCAACAGCGUGGAGCUCAACGAAAGUUCCUUGCGGCCGCUGCCCGUUGAAACUAUUAAGAAUGCUGAAGCGCCGCGCUGGCUCCCGGAAAGGUUGGUACGCACGGCAGAGGAGUUCACUGGUAGAGCGAAUGAGACAGCUCACAAUCCAGGAGACGGUCCCGCUGCCGACAGCUCAGCAGAUACAGGCACUGUUACAGAUGGCAUGUGAGAAUGCUUCCAACCCUUCCCCUGCCUCUCCUACUAGUAUAUUAAUUUCAUUAUUACUUCUUUUAAACCAGAUAAGUUCCAUGGAAGCCAGUAUCUUCUGGGCGUAUGUUCCUGAUCCCCCUCUUUUACAGCCUGUUGGAUGGGAAAUGAGUUCUGUUCCUGUGUAUGUGAAUGACACAAUACUUUUGGGGGGGUUUUCUGAUAAGCAUAUUUUUCCACAGAAUGCCAGUAUUUCUUAUUCGGGAUCCUCUUCACAAUUACCAAUGUGCUUUUUCCGAAAUCAUAAUGUUUCAGGAUGUCUUACUGUUACAGAUGCAGAAUACUUUGGUUAUGAUUAUGACCAUGACCACCGUAAUUGGAUAGUGGAUAUUCCUAGCAUUACGAAAUCUACAGGAGAUGCACGACGAGUCAAUGGAACCGGACCUAAAGACAUUCCAUUUUGUGGCCUGGGGGUAAAAGGACGAUAUAUAGCUGUGCCAUGGAAACUUUGUAGAGAUGAGACUGCUACUGUAUAUUCUAUUACUAAUGACACACAUUCACUUUGGGACUGGUCGCCAGACUCCAACAGGAACCCCGGAAAGGAAGGCGGCAGACAACUUGCAGCUAGAAUUUGGAAUCUUGGUGGCACCACGGUGUAUCAGACUGAGAUAUGGAAGCUGUUGGCUGCUUUCAGAACAGAUGGGUCCCUUUUACGGACUGGAGGAAAGACCAAAGGAGUACUAUCCUGGAGAGCGUAUUGGUGGAAUGAGACUUGGAGAUAUCCUCGGGCCUGCGUACCCUAUCCCUUUAUGAUCCUUGUUGGCUCUGUGACUCUUUCAAAAAAUGCUGGCCUAUAUCAUGUUCAUUGUUUUAAUUGUACCCUGACUAAUUGUAUAAGAGGUAUGGAAAAUAAUUCUGGGGCUCUGAUAGUUAAACAACCACCCUUUGUCAUGAUGCCUGUAAAUCUUACUGAGCCCUGGUAUGAAGAGUCAGGGCUUGAGCUGUGGAAUAAAGUGCGUACAGCCCUUGCUAGGCCACGAAGGGGGAUAGGAUUAAUAAUUCUAGGAGUAGUAACGCUUAUAACUUUAAUUGCUUCUGCUACUACUGCUUCUGUAUCCUUAGCUCAAUCUGUACAUACUGCUAAUAUUGUAGAUGAUUUAGCAAAGAACACUUCAAAAGCUUUAGGAAUUCAGGAAGAUAUAGAUAGAAAACUAGAAGAUAGGCUAAAUGCCCUCUAUGAUACCGUGAGAUUUUUGGGAGAAGAAAUAUUAGGCUUAAAACUGAGGGCAAAAAUCAGGUGUCAUGCUAACUAUCGUUGGAUUUGUGUAACUCCAAAAAUUUAUAAUAAUACUGAGACCCCUUGGAAUAAGAUAAAAUUACAUUUAGAUGGUAUUUGGCAUAAUGAAAACAUUUCCUUAGAUCUAUUACAACUUCAUCAGGAAAUUCUUGAUAUAGAAAAUGCUCCUCGGGCUAGUAUGGAUUUGGCAGAAAAUGCUGAAGAGUUUGUUAAAAGUUUGUUUUCCAAUUUUCCUUCAAUAACCUCACUUUGGCAUCUUUUUUCAGGGGUCGUGGCCAUGCUUCUGGUAUUAGCGCUUUUUGUGUGCAUUACUCCUUGUAUCAUAAAGAAAUUUGUCAAAGAGUUGUGGGACAUCAAGGCUGUCCUACACAGUAAUUAUUUACGCCAAAAGAAUCAGGCGUGCCAUUUUAUUUAAUAAAAGAGGGGGAGCUGCGGGGAGCGGCUUGAAAAAGCUGACUCUGGGAGCUGCCUUGAUUGAUCAUCAAGGGUCUGUUCGCAGACAUAGCUCUCUGUCCCGCCACCCCUCUGAAAUUUACUAUCCAAGUUAACUCCUAACAGACCAUUAGUGAGCCUUGAAUGUACACAAGGUGCAGAUAGAUGGCUUUGCACGACUGCCCUUAAGAUAAGUAGGAUGCCUUUGGCGCCAUGAGAGAGCUCUGGUUAUUGUUAUCUUAAAGAUGAUGUACAUGGGGAAGAAUUUUCUUUGUGAUGCCUCUCUUCUUGGUUUAGUAUAUAUGUAACCCUGAGAAAUAAAGAAUCAUCGUUGACUGCAGCGAUCC